GAUAGGGUUUCACCUCUAUUGAAGGUUUCAUUCGUUAUCGGACUGAACUGAACAUUAUGAUUAUGCUUUAACUUGACAGAGUUAUUUGAAUAAGGUGAGCUGUAGAAAACAUGGACUACGCAUGGCAUUGACCACAAGCUGCACAGUUGAGGGGACAAAUGGGAACAACACACAGCCCAACGAUUACAGUCUUUCUGCCUUUGCAUGUUGUGAAACAACUGCUCUGAGCACUGUAAUCAGCAUUUGCUUCUUAUUAUUGAUGCUUAAUAUUUUCUAUCUGUCUUCAGUACUGCUGAAGGUCAAGUGAAAAGGGUCAUGGUUGGCCACUGCAUAAAGUAUUUAUAUCUUUGCAUGAGUACUUAGGUGUAUUUGCAUAUGUUUUCAUGUUGCAUGUAUUUAUAUAUGUUUGUCUUCAUAAAUAUGUCCUUAUGUUUUAGUCCUCCCCUCCUACAUAUUGACCUAGACUGGGUUUGAUGUGUGGGGCAUUUGUACUACAAAUCCAAGCAGUACCCACAAUAACCGAGUGAGGGGCUAGUGAGUCAUUUUCUACAGCUCCCCUGCUUUGAGUGACUCGGGUUUGUAGGACUGUAACGUUAGCCAUCCAUGGAUUUUGUACAUAAAGCCAACACCGUGUCUGACUGCCUGCUUGGCUUCAAGAAGGACGAGUCCGGGUGGAAGACCUGCAAGAAGUCGAAUGAUGUCAUCGUCUCCUGGCGUCCCUCCACUGAGUUCCCAGGAAAUGUCUAUAAGGGGGAGGGGGUGAUCAAUGGCAGCAAGGAGAAGGUGUGGGAGUGCCUUGAGCCAGUGCCGGGUGGACUCAGGGUGAAAUGGGACAACAACGUCAAGAAGUUUGAGCUUCUGGAACAAGUGACAGAGAUCAUCUCGGUCUGCAGAACGGUGACCCCGUCGGCAGCCAUGGGCAUCAUCGCUCCACGAGACUUCGUGGACGUUGUGCAGAUAAAGCAAUAUGAAGACGGCACCAUCUCUUCGAACGCCACCAACGUGGUCCACCCCGGCUGCCCCCCCCAGUCAGGCUUUGUGAGGGGCUUCAACCACACCUGUGGCUGUAUCUGUGUCCCUAUCUCAGGAGAGCCCAACAAGACGCAGGUGUUCAGCUUCUUCCAGACGGACCUGGGCGGUCUACUCCCACGCUCCGUGGUGGACUCCUUCUUCCCCUCCAGCAUGGUCGAGUUCUACAGCAACCUGGCCAAGGCUGUGAAGUCCCUUAAGGACCACUGAGAGCGGCCCCUGCCUCCCAGGCCCAGCUAACAGGUCACGCCUACUGUUGAAUCCAGUAGAUUAUCAUUUAGCUCCCAUUUGUUUUUAUAAUCCCUGCCGUGUGUCUAAAUCCGUAUAUGCAGUGUUCUCUUGUUGCUCUCACCCUGGCAUUCCACUUCUACUUUCCCCUUCCUGUUCACUGCAUAGUUGUUACACAGUAAAAACAUGCAUGUUGCAUGUGACCUUGAUACUAAACCCUGGGACCCUGGAAUCAGUUUCCAUGGCAGGGCAGUGAGGUAUACCUCAUUUUUCUGUUGUUUUUGCCUUGCACUUGAAGACGUUUGAUGGUUCUUUUGUUGGUUAUACUGUACCCCAGGACAUCGGCCCCCCUCCUUCCAGUAUACAGUACUUAAUAUCAAAGCACAGAUUGAGGCACCUCUAUUACUUGUGGUUUGCAUCUAUUGGCACUAAAACGACAAUGACUCAUGGAUAGGUUGAUCCAUCCAAAAAAGGUGCAAGCUUUUGUUUUUAAAACAGGAAUACCAAACUACACUACAUUGCUAUACUGAGUGUUGUACAUUCCCUUUACUACUCGAUGUCCAUGGGCUAUUUUUGUGUCUUUGCUGCACACACAUUGAGCUGAGCUUUUAUCAAAGGUGAGAGGUUACUGAGAUAUUCUUUACUUCUGUCUCAAAGCCACCGUGUAGACUACCCUCGUGUUUGAAUCCUUUUUAAAAAAAAACCUACAAAGCGUGUAUUUUGCGUUAAAUCUUAUUUAAACUGGCACACAAAGCCAAUUUCUUCUAAAUGAUCUUAGAAGCACUUUAUAAUUCCAAAAUGUAACAAAUGUUUUGCUCCCAAAAAAUAAAUGUCAGGCCCAGUUAGCGUUCAGGUUCAAGGGUUCAAGAGAGUUCAGGUCAAGUGCUUAACAAAAUGACAAAAUCAGAGGCCUUGCGAUUUAAGAUAGUCAGUAUGUCAGACAGGGGGUAUGGCGGUACGAGUUGAGGUAAGGUAAAGAUCAGUGUUCUGUUUGACUGGUGGCCUACCAGCAAUAAGGUGCUGGUGGUCCGACUUGCAUGCAUCAUUUUCCAUUUACAAAUAUGAUAAGCCAUAUAAGGUAACAUCUUUUUUUAACAAUUAUUGUAUCAUUAUUUUCAAACUAAAAGUCCCUUUUAUUAACUUUGAUCCCAUAAGGAUAUUCUUAAUGAUAAUGACAACCUUUAGAAGUGCAUUCUACUGUUUGUGUUUUGUGUGCUUGGCUCCCUGUUGAUUCUUUUACCAAUUCCAAUUAAUUUAUUCAUCCCGGGAGGAAUUAUUUUGGUUGCGAUUUCUCCAUUCCAGGUAAUAGAAAAUGGGAUACAUGUAAUAUUUUCACUUGUGUCUCUGAGAUGUGUACAUGCUUGAAUAUGUUAUUGACUUGAAAUGGUAAAUACAGGUGGCUGCUAAACUAAAAGAAACACGACAAGAAUAUGAGGUAUAAUAAUGCAGUAUACAAAUGCGAAUAUGAAUAAUCAUGACCUGGGGAGUGAAUUUUACCUUGUGGACUGAAAGAUUUUUAAUCCAUAUAAAAUAAGUGGUGGGAUUGUUCCAGAAAAUAGAAAAUAAUGUUGUUAAAUGGAGAGCGAAGGCCCAAAGCACUGCCAUUAAUCAACCAUGCAGAUGGCAUUCCCAUGGUUACAGGUAAACAACCUGGUCUGACCAAUUUCAGACAAUUAGUCUGUGUUUCUUAUAAUUUUGUAGUUUGCUGUAUGUGAUCUUGGGUACGUUUUUGACAAAGUGAUGAAGUCAAGAGUGUUUUUGGCCAUUUAUGCAAGAUCAAAAAUGUUACUGUUAUAUCAAUUCCAUUUUGUGAUGUUUUCAUCCAAUUGAAAACAACUGCUGCUAAAGAGAGUGGCCCAUGUUAAGUUUUACAUGUAUAUUCAGCACAUACAAUAGACUGUUUACCUAGUACUACACUGUACCAAAAUAAUUUGUUCUUCUGUUUUUGUAAAGCACCAGCAUUGUCAUUAAAUUACCAAUCAGAAUACA